AUGAAUAAUAAUAAAGAACAAGAAGAUGAGGACAUCAAUCAAGGUGAUAAUGAAAGAUUAGUAUUCAAUAAUAAUAAUAAUAAUAAUAAUAAUGGAGAUAAAAAGAAAAAGAAACAUGGUCAUAGUCAUGGUAAUGACGGUGGACAUGGUCAUAGUCAUGGAGGACAUAAAGAAAAGAAAGGAGGACAUAGUCACUUGCACAAUCAUCAAGAGGAUGAAGAUGAACAUCAUCAUCAUAAUCAUAAUCAUAACCAUGACGACCAUGACGACGAUGAAGAUGAAGAUAUUUAUAAUUCUAGUACAAGUAUUGAACAUAUUGGAGGUGUAGCACAUUCACUAGGGUCGUCGUCAUUGGAUUCAGACGAGGCAGAGGAAACUCCACUCGAUGAGUCCAAAUCACUUCAAGAGAUUCAGAAAAAGAGGAGAGCGAGAUUAUCUCUCAUGGUGUGUCUCGUAUUGACUACUAUAUUCAUGAUUGGUGAAAUUGUUGGUGGAUACAUUGCAAAUUCAUUGGCCAUCAUGACUGAUGCUGCUCAUCUCUUGACUGAUAUUGGUGCAAUGUUUUUAAGUUUAUUUGCAAUGUGGAUAUCAUCACAACCACCAACAUCAAAAUUAUCAUUUGGAUUUCAUAGAGCUGAAAUCUUGGGAGCACUGGUCAGUGUGUUAAUGAUUUGGGCAUUGACUGGAGUAUUGAUGUACGAAGCUAUUCAACGUAUUCUUCAUCCACCCGAUGUAGUCGAUGGAAAGAUUAUGUUUAUCAUUGCGACUUGUGGACUUGCUAUCAAUGUCAUUGAUGCUCUUAUCCUUCACUUUGGUGCUGGGGGUCAUGGUCACAGUCACGGUGGCAUUAAUCAUGGACAUAGUCAUGGUGGCGGUGGUGGACAUAACCACGGAGAUGCAUCUAAAAAGAAAAAGAAACAUGGUCAUUCACAUAGUAGUCAUGGUCAUGGUCAUGAAAUUGAAGAAAUUGAUAUUGAAAAAGGUCUAACUAUUAAUAGUAGAACAGGUGCACCAAAAAAAGAAUCAAAAAUUAAAAUGGAUAUUAAUGUAUAUUCAACAUAUAUUCAUGUAAUUGGAGAUUGUUUCCAAUCGAUUGGUGUAAUGAUAGCAGCAGCUAUUAUUUGGAUCAAACCACAUUGGAAAAUAGCUGAUCCCAUUACCACCUUUAUCUUUUCUAUCAUUGUACUCUUUACCACUAUUAGAUUACUGAGACAGAGUUUGGGAGUGUUGAUGGAGGGUGUACCUGCCGACAUUAGCGUAGCCGAGGUACAACACGAUCUCGAGGCGUUGGAGGGUGUCUUUGAAGUACACGAUCUUCACAUUUGGUCCAUCACCCUUGGCAAACCAGCCCUCUCUGUUCACUUGACCGUCGGUCUUGGUGUUGUCGGUGACGAUGUUCUCAAAUCAGCCAACCGACUCUUAAAACAAGAACAUAAUAUCGAUCAUACAACCAUUCAAAUAGAAAUACAAGAUAGAGCUACCGAUCUAUGUCGUGAUCCAUGUGCUCCAACUCCAAAAAAAGCAUUAACAAAUCUUCAACAAAGAAUUUUAAAUAAAUAA